AUGCGAGGAUGCCUGCAAUUAGCCGGAUGGCUGAGCGCGGCUCCGAAAUGGCCUGCGUCCAGCCUUCUUAAGGCAUCCAGAUCUUCCUACGCAACGCGGUUUUUUACCACCACCUCUUCCUACAAUGCCUCAAGGGGCCCUUCGAAAGUUCCUAUGACCGAUCUCGAAGCUAGAAUAUCCGCAAUUCCAAUUGAACGAUACCGAAACUUCUGUAUUGUCGCGCACGUCGACCAUGGAAAGAGCACGCUCUCCGACCGACUCCUGGAACUUACCGGCACAAUCGAACCGGGGACGAAUAAGCAGGUUCUAGACAAACUCGAUGUUGAGCGAGAACGAGGAAUUACAGUCAAGGCACAGACAUGUACUAUGAUAUACAACCAUAAAGGGCAGGACUAUCUUCUCCACCUUGUUGACACCCCCGGCCACGUCGAUUUUCGCGCGGAAGUGUCGCGGAGUUACGCAAGUUGCGGAGGAGCGCUACUUUUGGUUGAUGCCAGUCAAGGUAUUCAGGCACAGACCGUCGCAAACUUUUACCUUGCUUUUUCCCAGGGAUUGGAGUUGGUUCCUGUCAUAAAUAAGGUGGACCUACCGUCCGCCGAACCGGAGCGGGCUCUCGAUCAGUUGCAGCAGUCCUUUGAACUUGAUACCGAUGAUGCAGUGCUUGUUUCAGCAAAAACAGGACUGAAUGUGGAACAGCUCCUUCCUACCAUCGCGGAGAAGAUUCCUGCACCGGUCGGCGACUCUAAGAAACCUCUCCGCAUGCUACUUGUCGAUUCUUGGUACGAUUCUUACAAGGGCGUUAUCUGCCUGGUCCGUGUAUUCGAUGGUGAACUCCGCGCAGGUCAGCAAGUUGUGUCAUUCGUAACAGGGAUUAAGUAUUUCGUGGGGGAAGUUGGUAUCCAAUAUCCAACCGAAACCGCCCAAACUGUCCUCCGCGCUGGUCAAGUCGGAUACAUUUACUUCAAUCCGGGUAUGAAACGAAGUAAAGAAGCCAAAAUUGGUGACACAUUUACAACGGUCGGGUCGGAGAAGCUCGUGGAGCCGCUGCCUGGAUUCGAAGAGCCCAAAGCAAUGGUCUUUGUGGCUGCGUAUCCUGUAGAUGCAGACCAUUUCGAGCACCUGGAGGACAGCGUUAACCAGAUCGUUCUUAAUGACCGAAGUAUCACUGUGCAAAAAGAAUCCUCGGAGGCACUUGGGGCAGGCUUCAGACUCGGUUUCCUGGGAACUCUACACUGCUCGGUGUUUGAGGAUCGCCUUCGUCAGGAGCAUGGUGCGAGUAUUAUCAUUACACCGCCAUCCGUCCCAGUCAAGGUCAUCUGGAAAGAUGGCAAGGAAGAUGUUAUUACCAGCCCUGCUAAAUUCCCUGACGAGGACACAGUGCGCAUGAAGGUCGCGGAGUUGCAAGAGCCGUACGUUUUGGCCACUUUGACAUUCCCAGAUGAAUACCUCGGAAAAGUCAUUGAACUUUGUGAAGCGAACCGAGGGGAGCAACAGAGCUUGGAGUAUUUCACCUCAACUCAAGUCAUCCUCAAGUACCAGCUCCCUCUGGCCCAACUGGUCGACGAUUUCUUUGGCAAGCUGAAAGGCGGAACGAAAGGAUAUGCUUCGCUAGACUACGAAGAAUCUGGUUGGAGAACUAGCAACAUCGUCAAGCUGCAACUACUCGUUAACAAAGCACCUGUGGAUGCUGUCGCUCGACUAUUGCAUUACAGCCAAGUAGAGAGACUAGGAAGGCAGUGGGUGACCAAGUUCAAACAGCAUGUCGACCGACAGCUGUUCGAGGUUAUCAUCCAGGCUGCGGUCGGUCGCAAAGUCGUGGCGCGUGAAACAGUCAAGCCAUACCGGAAAGAUGUGCUGGCAAAACUUCAUGCCAGUGAUGUUAGUCGGCGAAGGAAGCUGUUGGAGAAACAGAAGGAAGGACGAAAGCGACUCAGAGCCGUUGGAAAUGUGGUGAUUGAGCACAAGGCGUUCCAAGCAUUCUUGUCGAAGUAG